UGUUACCGAGGGAAAAUUGCUAACCUUCCAGUGUGCUGCCGCUGGAAACCCAACUCCAAAGAUAACGUGGACUAAAAAUGGAAUAACUAUGACUGAAGGAGACACACUGAGUUUUAGACCCAAUAGAACUCAAUCUGGAAAGUACUGGUGUUCUGCAGAGAAUGGGGUGAAAUCUGCUGUCAAUGCCAGCGCCAAUCUUGAUGUCCAGUUUCCACCAAGCUUUGAUUCAAGACCAACAAAUCAAACUGUUAUUGAGGGAACGAAUACAACUUUUCAUUGCACUGCCACUGGGAACCCAACACCAACUAUAACGUGGAUGAAAGAUACAAAAUCUGUGGCAGAAGGACAAACUCUCAGCUUUGAAACCAGCAGGAAUGAUUCUGGAAAAUAUUGGUGUUUGGCCACGAAUGGACUUGGUGAAUCUAUCAAUACAACUGUCAAUCUUGAUGUACAAUACCCCCCGAGUAUCAUUCUCAAGCCAUCGGACAAGAUUGUUGCAGAAGGAGACAUGGUAACCUUCCAGUGCGCUGCCACUGGGAACCCAACUCCAAAGAUGACGUGGACUAAAGAUGGGAAAACCGUGGCUGAAGGAGACACACUGAGUUUUAGAACAAACAGAACUCAAUCUGGAAAAUACUGGUGUUCGGCAGAGAAUGGAUUGAAGCCUUCUGUAAAUGCCAGCGCUAAUCUUGAUGUCCAGUUUCCACCAAGUUUUACUUCGAGGCCGAGCAACCAAACUGUUAUUGAAGAGACGAAUGUAAGUUUCCUUUGCACUGCCACCGGGAACCCAGCUCCAACUGUAACGUGGAUGAAAGAUGGGAGUUCUGUGGCUGAAGGACAUACCCUCAGCAUUGAAACCAGUAGAAACGAUUCUGGAAAAUAUUGGUGUUUGGCUGAGAAUGGACUGGGUGAAGCUAUCAAUACGACGGUCUAUCUUAAUGUACAAUUUUCACCGAGUAUUAUCAUCAAGCCAACAAACAAGACUGUAGCUGAAGGAGACAUGGUAGCCUUCCAUUGUGCUGCCACUGGGAACCCAACUCCAAAGAUGAUAUGGAUUAACAAUGGGAAGACUGUGGGUGAAGGAGACACACUGAGCUUUGAAACAAACAGAACUCAAACUGGAAAAUAUUGGUGUUUAGCAGAGAAUGGACUAGCGUCCGCUGUCAAUGCUAGCGCAAAUCUUGAUGUUCAGUUUCCACCAAACUUUACUUCGAGACCAAGCAACCAAACUGUUAUCGAAGGAACAAAAAUAAUAUUUAACUGUUCAGCAACUGGGAACCCUCAUCCUGACAUGUCAUGGCUUAAGGAUGGAAAGACUGUGGCAGAAGGCGACACUUUGAGCCUUGAAACCAGCAGAAAUGAUUCUGGGAUAUAUUGGUGUUUGGCUAAGAAUGGAGUGGGUGAAGUUAUCAAUGCAACUGCCUAUCUCGAUGUACAGUUCUCACCAAGUAUUAUCACCAAGCAAACAAACAAGACUGCUAUUGAAGGAGAUAUGGUAAGUUUCCGUUGUAAAGCCACCGGGAACCCAACUCCCAUGAUAUCAUGGAUCAAAGAUGGAAAGACUGUGGCCGAAGGAGAUACUCUGAGCUUUAAAACCAACAAAACUCAAUCUGGGGAAUACUGGUGUUCAGCAGCGAAUGGUAUGAAGGCUACUGUGAAUUCCAUUGCCAAUCUUGAUGUCCAGUUUCCACCAAGCUUUACUUCAAGACCAACUAACCAAACUGUUAUCGAAGGAACGAACACAACCUUUCACUGUGCUGCCACUGGAAACCCAACUCCUAAGAUGUCGUGGCUGAAAGAUGGGGAAACUGUGGCUAAAGGGGACACAUUGAGUCUUCAAACCAACAGAAGUGAUUCUGGAAAAUAUUGGUGUUUUGCGGACAAUGGACUGGGUGAUGCUAUCGAAACGACUGCUCAUCUUGACGUACAGUUCCCACCAGCUCUGACUGUUACUCCUACAAACUUAACUAUGGCCGAGGGUCACAAUGCAACUCUCCGCUGCUCAGCUGCGGGGAAUCCCACUCCAACGAUAACAUGGAUGAAGGAUGGUCAGACUGUAGCUACAGGAAGAUCACUUACUUUAGAAGUUAAGAAGGAAGAUUCUGGAAUAUACUGGUGUAUUGCGGAUAACGGUUUGAGAGUCACGGCCAAUGCUAGUGCUUUUCUCAACGUUCAGUUCUCAUCUGGUUUCACUACGCUACCAUCUGACCAGACUGUCAUGGAAGGCGAAGAAGUGAUAUUCCAUUGCGCUGCUAAAGGAAACCCAAUGCCUAGAAUAACUUGGACAAAGGAUGGAAAUAUACUGGCUUCAGGAAACACUUUUAAGUUUAGAGCCCGUAAGAAUGAUUCCGGAGAAUACUUUUGCUUGGCUGAGAAUGGAGUAGAACUAGCCAUCAAUGCAAGCGCCCAUCUUGAUGUACAGUAUGCACCAAGCUUCGUGGUCAAACCAACGAACAAAACCAUUACUGAAGGUAGCUCGGUGGUAUUCACUUGCGAUGCCACUGGAAACCCAAUUCCAGAGAUUACAUGGUUUAAGGAUGGGGAGACUGUUGCUAAAGGAAAGAAACUGAUGUUUGUUACCAAUAGGAAUCAAUCUGGAGAGUACUGGUGUUUAGCUGCCAAUGGGUUAAAUGUGACUGUCAAUGCUAGUGCUUCUCUUGAUGUUCAGUUUCCACCAAGUUUUACAGCAACACCAAGCGAUCUGACUGUUCGAGAAGAUAGUGAAGCAAGAUUCCAUUGUUCUGCCUCUGGUAAUCCAACCCCUGAGAUAACAUGGAUGAAAGAUGGGAAGACUGUGGCUCAAGGAGGUGUGCUGAGGUUUUCUGCCAAACGAAAUCAGUCUGGGGAAUAUCAAUGUUCAGCAGAUAAUGGACUAGGUGUGAAUAUCACCGCUAGUGCCUCUCUUGAUGUACAAUGUAAGUUGACGUAA